AUGGAUACAGACAACGCAUUUCAAUUUCGACAACGCAGCUCAAUCUUCACCGAAGUAGGCCUUGAAGGUCACGAUAUCAUUGUCGAUGAAAAGAUUCGAGACCGACCACGACUGUCAGUGAGGUUUCGCAGCAAUGUCUCAAUAGUCGAGCCACAUGCUGUUGAAUCCGAACCAUUAACACCAACGGUUAUCCCGACGCCAUCCAUACCUGUAUCGUCGAAACCUCUUUUCUCUCGACUCCCCUUCGCACAGAUCGCGCUGUUGAUAGCGCUCCUUGCGGUUGCCUAUCCCACCUUCAACGGUCCCUCGACAGACUCGAACUUGAUGCCUAUCUUAGCCGAGGCGAGUCCGAUGGGACCGCGAUCAGAGAUUCCCGAUAUUCGCACCCUACCAGCUAAGAGACAAGACACGACCGCUGUAUGCAAACGAUGGGCUGGCCAGAGUGCAGUCGUGAAUGGUACUGUAUACUACUACGGAGGAAGAGCAACAACUUCUGCUGACCAAACAACGAAUCAAUGGAACAACGAUCUCUUUUCUGUUGACCUGACGAAGUCCUGGCAGAUAUCUUCACCUUCGAUAACAGGCCUGCCGACACCCUCUGGACCACCUGCUGUCUCGCUGGGUUAUUUGUGGCAAUCAACAGACGAUCUUUUCUUGUACGGUGGCCAGUUUUCAGACAACCCGGCUGCGUCGCCAGUACCCUUCUCACUGUGGUCAUACAAUGUCAAGUCCAGCUCUUGGACUGAACACGACAAUCCCAGACUAGGAGAUGGUAGCGCUGUGCAAAGAGCUGCCGAAGGUGCAGGUGUAUCGGUGCCAAACAAAGGUUUGGGCUAUUACUUUGGUGGUCAUCUAGAUGGCUAUACAACUCAAGGAUGGUCGCAAUGGAUACCUCGAGUCUACCUGCCAUCAAUGCUUGAGUUCACCAUGCCAGGCUUCUCCAACUCUAUGGCCAAUGUCUCCCCUGCUGGCAGUGAUGGUGCUUACAGAAACAUCACUGUUGGCAGUGCGGGCUUUCCGGAACGCGCUGACGGAUCCCUGGUCUACGUUCCUGGUUACAGUGAAGAAGGUAUCAUCGUCGGUCUGGCAGGCGGCACAAAUCAAUCCUUUACUCAGCUAAACGUGAUUGAUGUCUACGACAUUGCUACUUCCAGAUGGUACAAGCAGGCCACGGAAGGUCGUACACCUGGAGUUCGAGUCAAUCCUUGUGCUGUUGCAGCUACAUCAGCUGAUGGUUCUUCUACUCAAAUCUACAUGUAUGGCGGCCAGAACCUUAUUCCUUAUGGAUCACAAACACAGUAUGACGACAUGUGGAUUCUAACUAUCCCAAGCUUUACCUGGAUACAAGUUGACUUGGAUGGCCAGUCAGUACCGCCUGCUCGCGCAGGUCAUAUGUGCCAUCACUGGAACAGUCAGAUGGUUUCUAUUGGUGGAUAUGUCGGCCAAGAACUCUCAUGCGAUAGUCCAGGUGUCUAUGUCUUCAACACAUCUUCACUCCAAUGGCAGUCAGGAUAUGCUGCUCUUGCAGGGGGCGAUGAUCUCAACCGACAGAGAUCGCAGGCCGAGGACCCUAACGCGCUUCAGGGUAGCUAUGGAUAUCAAGUACCACUCGCCGUGCAGUCAGUCAUUGGCGGUAACGCAGCAGGAGGUGCAACAGUUACAGCACCAGCACAGACUCCUACAGCGGGUCCAUUGGCUACAGGAUCGCCAGUAACAUACACUGUGACUGGCUCGGAUGGUUCGAUCGUGACUGAAACUGCCGCACCAGGUUCAGGCUCAACUUCUUCGAGUAGGAAUGGUGGCGGCACAAACCUUGCUGCUAUUAUCGCGCCGUCAGUCGUCGCAGCUAUUUUCUUCCUCAUCGCCCUGUACCUCGCGUUCUGCGCCUACAUCUAUCGGAAGCAGGUCAAGCAAUACAAGAACCACGCCGCCAUGCUUCAGCACGACGCCUUGAUGAACGAGAAGACCCCUCCACCAGCUGAGUUCUGGGUACAACGGCCAGCAAGAUCGGCCGGAAACUCGAAUAGUGAUCGUAUCUCCAGCGACAGAAGGUCAAACAAUAGUGGUGCUCCUGGUAGUUCCGGCGAAGGCAGUUCGAGAUUACAGACCGAGUCGAUGGAGCAUUACCCAUACAACAGUGUCAUGGCAUUGAAGCAUGCCGGCACCGCGCACAGCUCGACAGAAGAUCUAAUGCGUGGACAAGAACCGAGUUUCUUGGGUGUCCUGCUCGCGCCGAGAAGGAGUUUGCGCGUUGUUAACAAAGACUAA